AUGGACAUGUGUACAUUCAGGGUCAGUGACAAAUUCAUUUUAACAUAGUUGGCUUCAAAUUGCGAUAUACCCAUUCUGUAUGUGUUUGGUGGUCUAAGCUAUUUGUCAAAUUGUAAAUACAGAAAUACAUGUAUUGUAACAAGUGGCUAAACAAUAUAUUUUUUAAAGCUAGCUUCAUUCAAGCUAACUGAUCAACGGAGGCGUCCAAGGAUCAAUAAUCCCAAUGUAUGUACAACAGCCAUUAAAACGUGUGUGUUCCUGUGUAUAGUUUAAUCAUAUAAUCCCCUAUUUGCCAUGCUUUUAAUACCAGCGGGUUUAAGGCCAGCAUUAAUAAAACAUAAGCUAGUAAAUGUUCUGGUGGAGGCAUGUCUAUGCUCGGGAGCCAAGGAUACCACCACCAACCCAGGGAAACCACCAAAAUUAUCAAAGAAGAAAUGGAGAAAGGAGUUCAGGAACAAGCCUGCAUCAAAUGAACACCUGCCCUGGGAGGAGAGACUGGCCGACGCUGUCACUCCUCUGUGGCGCCUGAGUUACUACGAUCAACUCCAGCUGAAACAGAAGCACCAGGAGAGGAUCCUACUACAGCUCUCAGAUCAGCUCUUAUGUGGAGAGUCGACCCAACAUAAGGCCUUGACACAAUGUCCUUCUCCACCCAGGAGUACCAAACUCAGCUUCCCUCUGCUGCCUAUCUUACCGUCACCUGUCAGGGACGGCUACCGCAACAAGUCUACAUUCUCAGUCAACCGUGGCGUGGAUGGCAACCCUAAGACGGUGGGGUUCUACGUGGGAACGGGAAAGGUGGGAAACAUUGUGUGUGUGAACGGGGACCACCUCCUCAACAUGCCCGAGAGACAUAAGCUGGUGGCCAGGUGCUACCAGGACUUUCUCCGCCUUUCAGCCCUGGAGCCCUGUCUGCUGUUCCACGACGGAGGCCACUGGAGGGAGGUGACAGUGAGGACCAACGCAGCAGGCCACACCAUGGUCAUCGUCUAUUUCCACCCACAGAGGCUCACCCCGGAGGAGAUAGAGGUCCAUAAGUCCUCCCUGGUGGAGUACUUCACCCAGGGGCCUGGUGCCAUCUGCCAUCUAGACUCCCUGUACUUCCAGGAGAGCUCCAUGACCCGUUGCAGCCACGAGGAAUCCCCCUACCAGCUGCUGCAUGGCCAGCCACACAUACACGAGGAGAUUUUGGGGUUCAAGUUCCGCAUCUCGGCAGACGCCUUCUUCCAGGUGAACCAAGGGGCGGCGGAUUCGCUGUACCGCACAGUGAGAGAGAUGUGCCUCCCGAAUGGAGCUCGAGAGGGAGGAGGAGGGGGCACACUCUUGGAUGUGUGCUGUGGAACGGGGGCCAUCGGUAUCACCAUGUCCCCCAGAGCGGACCGGGUCAUCGGGAUAGAACUCAUCCAGCAGGCCGUGGAAGACGCCAGGCACAACGCAGCCCUCAACCAGAUCCAGAAUUGUGAGUUCCUCCCUGGGAAAGCCGAGGUUGUCCUUCCUGGGCUCAUGGAGGUCCUGGGCUCCACCACCGACUCUGGAGGCCCCCUCACGGCUGUGGUGAACCCAGCCCGCGCUGGCCUGCAUUAUCGUGUGAUCCGGACUCUAAGGAAUCACUCAUCCAUCCGCAGGCUGCUCUAUAUCUCCUGCAAACCCGAAGGAGAGGCCAUGAGGAACUUCAGGGAGCUGUGUUGUAGUCCCGACCCACACAGGAAGCUGACAGGCGAGGCUUUCAGGCCGACUGUGGCUGUGCCUGUGGAUAUGUUCCCUCACACGCCACACUGCGAACUGCUGCUGGUCUUUGAAAGAUAGUUAAUUACCACCACUACAACUUCCGUAUCAAGUUUUUCUAAUUCUUACACUUAGUGAAUGGUGUCCUCUGGAUUGUGUGAUGACUACAGAGAUAAAACAGUCAAAUCAGUGGAAACUCAAUUCCAAAAUCCUCUCAAAAAGGAAAGUGAUUAUUACAUUUAAAAAAAUGCUGAGAGCUUUUCAAUGUCAUGUAGAAUGUUGAAUGAAAGUUGUGUUAUUCAGAGACAGAUGCAAGUCUAAUGGGGGGGGGGUUGUGUCCCUAAAACCUGCAGCAGCAGUGAAGCAAAACAUUUCCUGCCUUUUGUGAAUGGAUCAAAAGUAGGAAAUGAGUGGAGAGCAGGGGAAGUGUGUUUGGGGUUGCUCUUCCUGUAUUCUGUGUUUGAAUGAGGCAUAUGUAUAUGCUGUAUUUCCUGUUACUUCAUGUUACAUGCCUGAACUGAGUAGGCAUAAAGUCUAUAUAUCUACACUA